AUGGGAGUGGGGGCUGUGCAGCUCAUGGUGCGGAUUAGAUGGAUUUGGAAGGGAGAGGCGAUGGUGGGUCUUCCCAAUGAGGUUUGUCAAGUCCCAGCUCUUAAAGUCCUUAUGAAUAGCAUUGUUUGGAAUUGUAGAGGUGCUUCAAAGCCCUCUUUUCAAAAGCGUGUUAGGGAGAUGGUUCAGAAGCACAAUCCGGCUAUUUUGGUGGUAAUGGAAAUUCGUGUUGGGGGUAACAGAGCAAGGCAAAUCACUGAGAGGCUCCCUUUUGAUGGAGCUAUUCGCUCUGAUGCAGUUGAGUUUGCUGGUGGAAUAUGGGUGCUGUGGAAUUCUGAUAGAGUUGACGUUGCCCAUUUGGCCAGUAUUGAACAAGAAAUUCACUUCACGGUUAAGGUACUAAUUUCAAAUGUUAUUUGGCUUUUCUCUGCUGUGUAUGCUAGUCCUAAGUGUGCUGAAAGACAUAUUUUGUGGAAUAACCUUAUGAAAGUAGCAGACCUUCACAAUAUGCCUUGGGUUAUAGCAGGGGAUUUUAAUGAACCUUUGGUAAAUGAUGAUAAAUUUGGUAGUAAAGCGGUUAGUGUGAACAGCUCUCUUUUGUUUAAGGAGUGUUUAGAUAAAUGUAAUAUGAUAGACAUUGGUUUUGCGGGACCUCGUUACACUUGGACCAAUAGAAGGGAAAUUCAAGUUUUGAUACAGCAGAGAAUAGAUAAGUCCUUUGUGAACCCUCAGUGGUGUUUGCUUUACCCGAAUGCUAAAGUUACCCAUCUACCUAGGUACCAUUCUGAUCACUGCCCUGUUCUUUUAGAGAUGCAACCAGGAGUAAGCAGGGGGAAGAAAAGGUCGUUUAGGUUCCAAACGUGCUGGUUGUUAGACCCUACCUUCCCUGAUAUUGUUUCUCAAGCUUGGGGAGGUGCAAAUAAUCUUGUAGAGGUCGUUGAGAGCUUCACUAGGAAUGUUGUGGAUUGGAAUAAAAACCAGUUCGGGAAUAUUUAUACAAGGAAGAAAAUUCUGAUGGCUAGGAUCAAUGGUAUUCAAAAGGCUAUUGCUUUUAAACCUUCUAGUUUUCUUCUUAAGUUGGAAGUGGAUCUCCUUAGGGAUCUUGAUCUUGUUCUCAAUCAAGAGAAGGAGUUAUGGGCUCUAAAGUCUCGGGUAAAUUGGUUGGUUCAAGGGGAUCGCAAUACAGCUUUCUUCCAUGUUUCAACUUUGGUUAGGAGGAAAAGGAAUUAG